AUGGCCAAUCCUCCCCAGGACUCCCCCACUGCUGGCCAGAUCGCCCAGGCGCUUGUUGAUUUCACCCUUCAUGGCGCCUUUCCCGAGGAGGCGGCCUCUGCCCUGACCAUCGACGCCGACGUCUUACCCGCAGCCAUUGACGCCCUCGCAAAAGCCAGGUCGGAGCUGAAGGCCGAAAUACACGCCAUCAACGAGGAGGCGGCCGACGACGUGCGGUCGUGGCAGACAAACGCCCAGUCCGCGCAAGACGACAUCGUCCGAUCCAAGUCUCUCGCCAACGGCAUCCUAAAGGCGGCCGAAGCCCCGGCCGUCUCUGGAAAGGCCAUAGCCGACGCCGAGGCCAAGGCUGCCUUUCUCGUCCGCGAGCUCAACUACAACUCGCAGGUUCAGGAAGCGCUGAAGGGAAUCAGGGCUGUGAAUAGAACUCUUGAUCAGGUCGAGCAGGCACGCGAUGAGAGGUGCAUUCUCGAUGCUCUCCAUUUGCUAGAAAAAUCGUGGAACGAGCUUGAUACCAUCUCAGUGGACAAAUCUUGCCGCGCCAUCAAGCUCCUUGAUCUCCGGGCCUUCGAGCUCAAAUCUAGUGUGCAUGAGGUGUUCGACCACGAGUGGAGCUCGCUGGUCCGUGUUGACGUCGAGAAGCAAACCAUGUCGAUAAGCGACGCUCAGCAAGGCGAACCGAUGAGUCUUUUGGAUGCCGUAAUAGGUCUCAAGGCAUACAAGGAGGUUGACCAGCGCACCAACCAGCUCUGGCGCGACGUUAACAGAGCCAUCCUACUUCCGAGGAUGGAUAUCACCAAAGACACUCUACCUGAGGUCCACGUUGAAAAUAACCUCCUGGAAGUGCGCGGCUCAACGGACAAGACUAUCGAGUCGCUGUUCUCAGACCUCGAGAAGGUCUUUUCGUUUCUCGUUCAGAAACUGCCUCCCGACAUAGUUCAGACUGUAUCGUCCGCCUUGGUGCCCGGCGUUGUUCAAAUGAUCACCAGGGUCUGGCUCGAUUCCGUCGUUCCGUCGUCACUGCAGGACAUGGACAAGUUUCAAGACGUCAUCGCAUCAGCCACGGCCUUUUGCGGUACUCUCAAGUCUCUAGGACUCUCAAACCUCGGAGAUUUGCAGGAGUGGGCCGACAACGCCCCCAGGGUGUGGUUGUCCAAGUGCAGAGAAGCUGCGCUAGAUUCCGUCCGAACAAAGCUGUCUCAGGGUCUUGGCGCGUCGAAGCAGGUGGAGCGAGUCGAGAAGCAAAUGGUGUCAAAAACAGAAGGGAACCAGUUGGCCGCUAACCGUGCCACCUCCAUGGAAGAAGACCAUGGUUGGGGUGCUGCCUGGUCUGACGAAGAGGACAACACUACGGACGAAAGCGGCAAAGAUAGGGAUACAGACAAGCAGUCCGCAGAAAUUGACGACGACGUCACUGAUGCUUGGGGGUGGGACAACGAAGAGGCCGAGCCAGAGAAGCCAGAAGAGCCCAAGGAGAACAAGCCCGACGACGAAGACGAUGCCGCCGAGGCUUGGGGGUGGGGUGAUGAAACUAACGAUGUUGAGCACGAGCAGCAAGAAGGCGACGCGACUGCCCAAAGGCCGUCCUCGGCGCAUCAACAAGAGACUAGGGAGCUGACGUUGAAGGAGACAUACACCAUCUCGUCGAUGCCACAGCCCGUCCUAGACCUGAUAUUUGCAAUAGUUGGGGAUGGCGCAGCUCUGACCCAGGACAGCUAUGCGGCGACUCCUGUUGCAGCGGCAGCAGCCGGACUGUUCAGUCUCCCGACACUCGCGCUCGCAAUGUUCCGCGCCGUGUCCCCCUACUACUAUGGACCGGAUAUUGGCGGAAACAUGUAUCUCUACAACGAUGCCACCUAUUUAUCAGAACGGCUGGCAGAUUUUGCGGCCGAGUGGAAGGUGCGAGACGAUAUCAGCGUGCGGGCAAGAAGCAUGUUGCGACUGGACAGCGAUAUCAAAUCGCUGCAGAGCUUUGCAAGCCGUGCGUACAGCGGCGAGAUGAACACGCAAAAGACAGUCCUCCGAGAUCUUCUUGGUGGCGCCCAGAACCUCACGCAGCAUGACGACACUGAGAGCUGCGUUGCGGCGGCCGUGACGCGGGUGCGCUCCCUAGCCAUCGCGUGGGAAAGCAUCCUGUCGCGGUCAGCGUGGCAGCAGGCCAUCGGCUCGCUAGUGGACGCGGUGGCCAACAAGAUCAUUGUCGACGUCAUGGACCUACCCUCGAUUGGGCAGGACGAGGCGUACAACAUCGCCAACCUGAUCGCCACCGUCAUCGAGCUGGACGACUUGUUUCUGCCGAGUCGCAACAACAAGAGGCCGUCCUCACAGCAGCAGAACGACGCCGAAGACGAAAUACCCACCACGGCGCAAUACGCCGCGUCGUGGCUCCGCCUCAAGUACCUGUCCGAGGUGCUGCAGAGCAACCUCAAGGACGUCAGGUACCUCUGGAUCGAGAGUGAGCUGAGCCUCUAUUUCUCGGUCGAGGAGGUCGUCUACCUCAUCAACCUCAGCUUUGAGGACAAUGCGCGGACUCGGGAGGUGAUUAAGGAGAUCACUCAGAAUCCCAAUCCCCUGGGCCAUCAUUGA